ACUUGAAGUACUCAUUACUGAAUACUGAGUACUGACUGCCGAAAUCCGACAGAUCCUUAAAAAACUUAACAUUGCGUGCGUUGAUAUAACAAAAAUAGUAUUAAAUUUUUGGCUUGUUAAUAGAAAUUGUUUCAAGUACAAUAUAUUACUGAAAUAAUAGCUUAAAAUGUCUACUCGCCAUAUGAGAAAACUUUUAGGAAGUACAGCUCUUCCACCUCCUGAUGAAAGUGAUGACGAUGACUUUGUACCUUUAUAUGCUAAAAAACAAGGUGGAACUUAUGCUGCUCUUGAGUUAGAUUCAGCACCAGAUCCUGAAGUAGAAGAGAAAAUAAUUGAGACUGAAGAACCAGAGUGUCUUAAUGUAGAUAAAAAAAAGAAAAGAAAUAACAGAAAAAAUAAAAAAGGAAAAUCAAAUACAUUUGAUUUGGAUGAAAUAGACAAGUCAGUUAGGGAAGUAAAUGCACUACUUGGUGAACCAAAACCACAACAAGAAUCACAAAAGAAAGACAAGAGAUUUGAGGAAGAGAAUAUGUUGUUUUCUGUUCAGCAAAAAAAUUUAGAUUCUAACAAUGAAAUGGUCCGAAUCUUUGGACCUGAAGAUGAUGAAGAUGAAAUUAGACGACAAAGACAACGAAAAAUGAAAUACCAGAAAAAUAUUGUGACCCAAAAUAUGUAUACCUUUACCAAACACGGUUUAUCAAUGUCAAUAAAGAACUCUGAUAAGGAUGUCACGUAUUUUGUGUUUGACCACAAUAAGGAAUAUAGAAAUAUGCACCAAGUGUUCUUAGAAACAGUUAAAGCUGCACAAUCGGUCGGAGGAAUGCCACAACUUGAUAUUUUUUUUAAUGAAAUGCAUGUGGAAGCAUUAUUGGAGAUAGCGGACAGAUAUUUUUUCAUAGAAGAAAAUACAAGGGCGAGUGAAAUUAUAGAGCAGACGAUAGCAUAUAUGCAGUUUGUUGCACAUCCGUGUUUUUCUCUUAUUGGGCGAAGAUGCCGUCUGGAGUACAAGUACCUUGAAAACCGACCAUUUCACGUGGCCCUAUUAAAAUUCGCCCACCUGUUAUCAAAUCGGGCCUGUCACAGGACGGCGUUGGAGAUCGUCAAAGCCCUCCUAAAUUUGGACCCUAACGAUCCGUUAGCCGUUAUCUUCAUUAUCGACACGUUUGCAUUAAGAUCAAGGGAGCAUAAAUGGUUAUGCGACUCGGUAGAUUAUUGGAACCGGAAUCGCGAUGGAGAGUUCAUGUUCAAUCUUCAGUAUUCGCAGGCGAUGUGUUGUUAUCAUCUUUCGAAGGCGAAGAAUGGGAAAGUUACGCCCGAAGAAGCAAAUAAUAGGUUACAGAAGACGCUGAUAAAGUUCCCAUUUGUCCUUAUAAAACUCAUUGAGACCUGCAACCAAGCCGUGCCAGAGAAGAUCCGGAAAUGUAAAUUCUUCAAUGAAUUCGCAUCUCUCAGUACACCCCAGGCACUAAAGGAUUUAAUGAAUUUAUAUAUAAAAUUCACUUGGGCACGCUGGCGAGAACAGCCCGUAUUGGAAUGGCUCAUCGCUAAUGCAACAGAAGUUAUAGACAAAUUACAGAACAACAUUAUUGAUGAGAAAUCAACAAUGGCGGACGUUCAAAACCGAUCUCGAUUGUUCCAAAAAUGGCCCGAAGAGAUAAUACGGCACUUAUGUAUUCUCAAACCUAUGUCUGAUCUAAUAGUGGAAGGGGCGAUUCCAGAUGUACCAUCAUACCCGCUUAGGAGUAAUCCUUGUCCUCCCAGUAACACAGUCAAUCGAUAUAAUUAUGCCCUGCAAAGACAGGGUAAUAUGGAGUUUUUGCAGGGUCUUCUCAGAACUAUACGACCAAAUUUCGAUAAUGAUGCGCAAAAUUAAUAAUCUGUGGACACUACUGGCAACAUUAGUACACGAAUCGAACUCCGGAUAAAAGACUUGUAUCCAUGAUCAUAAUAAAUUUAGAAAAAAUCAAUGUUGUUUUUGGCGGUUUUUUUUUAAUGAAGUUUUUAUGAAGUCAAAUAUGUCAAGUUUAAAGUAUAUUUUUAAAUUGGUUCACGAAAUCGCAGGGCAGUUUUGCUAACUAACGGCUUUAAUUAACCAGUGUUAUGGUCUGCCCUGUGUACUAUCCAAAUUUGUAAUUUUAAAUUGAUUGUAAAAUAAAUUUCAUUUACUGUAUUUCUCUUUAUAUUUAUUAAUUUACAUUAAAUCACUAAAAGUAUUUAUUUUUAAGGUAAAAAGCAUAAUUUAGUUCGUAAUCUGUUCCAAGGUAUGACCUUUUCGUUUUAUUUUAAAAUACUUCAGUUUUAAUAUAUUCAAAAUAAUAAUUGUCACCAAAUGUUUUAAUUUCAUGAUCAUGAGUACAAUUUUUUGUAAUGUUUUUAAAAUCUCCCAAAAUCAGAGCGGACAUGCUGACACAUUUUCCUCACACAUAUUUAAAACUAAUUUUAUUGUAGUUUCAUUGCUAUUUUUAUUCACUCAUCAACCAAUAAAAAAAAAUCCAAUUUUUUUUUGUAUACUAAUUAAUAAUAAACAUAAUAUUUUUUUGCAAUAACUACUAAGGAAAAAACAAACUAACUGAUGUAUGUUGUAAACUUGUACAAACAAGUAGAUUAAGAAACUUGUUAUUUUUUUGAUAAUAAAUAUAUUGUUAAAUAUU